GAGGACAUGUGUUGUGUGGGUAUUUAUGGAAAUGUCGGGAGUUAAGUAAUUGAUGUGUGGUCCCGCUCCUGAAACUCUGCUGGUAGCACCACUAAAUGGUGAAAUGUCCAGGGUUUCCAAUACAACUUAAUUUAUUUGUUACAGUUUGUGUGGUUUCCAAUAUGUACAGAGUACAGUCACAGUUAACCGACAAUCAUAAGCAGAACAGCAUGAGUCGCAAGUCAUGAAUAUUUAGCCUAAUGUUAUUAAGAAUUCAAAAUCAAGAUUUAUAUCCACGUUUUAGCUUUAAGACUAUUUAAAAAUGUACUUGAGUCCCCCUUCACACAUGAAUAAGUCAGUAACAGUUAUUUACAUAUAUAAUUUGAUUUAUUUUAUGGUAUUGCCUAGAAAGAAAGAAGCAUUAUUCCUAACAGUUGUGUGAUCCAGCCCACACAGUCUCCUGUGUGGGCUGGAUCUCAUAAGGUAACUUAAUCAGUUACUACAACAACUACAGUCUAAUGAAACUACUCAGCCCUUUUUUAAAACUGAAACUAUUUCACCAGCAAGAUUAUGUCACACAGGUACAAACUUAAUAAUGGAUCCCUUCACAGUCAAAUGACCACUAACCUCUGGGUCACUAGUGGAUGUCGGGACCAGGGCACCAAAAUGGACAGAAAUACUAAAAAACUUAAUUUUCUCAUCAUUCACUUUGGCUUGUGUUUCAGUACAAGGGCCUCAGCUUCGGCCUUCAGAUUUAUUUCUUUGCUCUUUGUGUGUGGCAAAACUGGAUUAGGUGAUGAUGUAUUGUAAUGUGACAAAACCUGGCUUUCUAGUACAGAGACAACAAAGAGGUAUCUUCUAUUGUCUAAGACAAAGAAUAAAAUAUUUCCCAUGACGCAGUCUUUUCAGGAAGCUUUGACUUUCAGGCAAUGCUUGUUGGCCGCAUGCUCUGCGUUGGCAGAGACCUGAUUGGCUAAACUUGGCUGAAAAUGUGCCCUAGUCACAGCCUGUGCAUCGUCAUUACCUGUACACAGCACUCGGCACAGAAUGCCUUGUAACUGUGAAUGGAUUCUAAUCAUGUUCUUACGUUUAUCUACCUGUAUGUUAAGGUAAUUAUUGCUGAUUGUGUGUUAUUCCUGUAAACUUCAUUCCUCUACAAAUUAAUUUCAAGAAUGACAAACCUCAGAGCGAGUUUCUUUCUGGUGGGAGUUCUUGGACUUUGGGCAAUUUAUAUCAGUAAAGACUCUAUUGACGCCAGCUUUUUAAGCCUCCAAGUAGAAGUGAGAAAACAUGACAGUCAAAUGAAGCCACACAGCAAAAACUCCUACGUAUACUCCUGGCCAAGAUGUCAACGAAAUGUGUCUGCUGCCAACAUCAAAGGCUUCAAAUCUUUUUCUGGUGGCAUGCAACAGUUUCUUUACUAUGAACACUGUCGCCAUUUUCCCAUGCUACUGGACAUUCCUGAUAAAUGUGGAGGAGCUGAUAAAUCAGCAGAAGUCUUCCUUCUGCUGGUCAUUAAAAGUUCUCCUGUGAACUACGACCGUCGAGAGGUUCUGCGCAAAACCUGGGCCAAAGAGAGGUUACACAAUGGUGUGUGGAUCAGAAGAAUCUUCAUCUCAGGAACGAUGGAUGUCGGUUUUGCCAAAAAGAGAAUGAACAAAUUACUCGAGUUGGAGCAACGUGAGCACAGAGACAUCCUCCAAUGGGACUUUAGUGACACAUUCUACAACCUCACCUUGAAGCAGAUUCUCUUCUUAGAAUGGAUGGAAAGAAACUGUCCGAACGCUCGCUUCCUGCUAAAUGGUGAUGAUGACGUCUUUGCCAACACAGACAACAUGGUUGAGUUUCUCCAGGGCCUCAAGGAUAAUAAUGGAAGCAAGCACCUUUAUACUGGCCAUGUGAUCAGGAAUGCGGCACCGAAACGAUUGAAAAACAGCAAGUAUUUUAUCCCAGUGCAAGUGUACAAAUCGAAAUUAUAUCCCCCAUAUUGUGGGGGUGGGGGUUUCCUCUUGUCUGGCUAUACAGCUUUGGUCGCAUACAACAUGUCCAAGUCCAUUCCCAUUAUUCCUAUUGAUGAUGUUUACAUUGGGAUGUGUCUGGCCAAAGCAAAACACGCACCUGUUCUCCAUAUGGGUGUCAAGACGCUAGGAUAUUCCAUGCCUAUUAACAAAGCAGUUGAUGAACAUGAUCCUUGCUAUUACAAAGAACUUCUACUGGUACACAGAUUCCUUCCAGCUCCCAUGUAUCUUAUGUGGCACAGAACACAGGACCCCAAUCUGAAAUGUGGUACCAAGGGGACCUGGCUUUAGCAAUAACAAAAUAUAACCUGUGACAGAGCUGUGGCACUUUGCAUAUUGCACCUGCUCUUAGAUUCAGGGCAACCUUCUUCUAUCUAUCUUCUCCUCAGGCUUCAGCACAGUCCAAAGUAACAGCCAUCAAAAACCGUGAUAAAUCUCCCUUAGCAAAGCCCAUGGGAAUUUUGGAGGGUGGUAAUUUAAGUUUUAAUAGGUUUUACUGUGGGUCACAUCUGUAAAACUUCUAUAAACCUCUCCAAAGGUUGGAUGUCUCUGUGUUUGCAUCCUACCUGAUAAGUCACUCCUACCAGGUGACAUGUGAAGUACCAAUGUCUGACCUAAGCAUUCUGUUACACAAAUGGCUCAGUCCUGUGACCCCUCACCUUUUGUUUCUAAACAAUGAUGCUUGGGGUUGUCAUACACACGUAUGGUUUCUUUUGUCACUUUAAUGCUGAUGAUACUACGCUAUUCUUGUAAUUCAGAUAAAGUCAUGCACCACUGUUUGCCUGGCAGACAUCUCAGAGUCGAUGUCAGGGCAUCAACUUAAGCUCAACCUGGACAAGACUUGAACUUUUUCAGAGGAAAGCAUGUGCACAUGACACCUGACAUCACCACUGACAAUACUGUAGUGAUGGCAACUUGGACAGCAUGGUUUUCCGACACCAAUCCACUUUUUCAUUCACUACAGCCAAGAAGAACGAAGUGUUGUGUCCUUUAUGUAGCAAAAUCGACAAGGGGAUUGAUGUUGGAGUGAUGUGUGGGUGUCAUCUGAAUUUUGUGCAGGAGACUUGUGUUCAGGCCCAUCACAGUUGUUUCAGUUACCUAACCUUGCCUAGUUUAUUUGACAGAACCUUGAUCUUGCCUUUAACACAUGUGAAGACAUUGUAAAAAGAAGACAUUUCAGAAAUGUUGGCAUUGAACAUAAUCCAGGUUUUUGCAGAACCUUCCAAUAUCAAUUGUCAGUACAGUAAGAAGAUUUUGCUUUUUUUGUUGUAAGUGGAAAACUCUGUCAGACUACCAUUGGUGAGUAAGGAAUUUAAUGUGCUUUAGUUGUUAGUUUUCUGUGAACAUAGUCCAGUCACAGCUGUAGUUAAUAAUUUGCCUGUGGGAGAAAUCUUUCUUUAAUCAUGAUGUGUGGGAGAGUUUUACUUAAUGUAUUUAUAUAGCUGCUGUCAGCUUUGUGUUUUGUUGUGAAUCUAGCUGGGUAUUGAACUGCAAUACUUUCUGACUACGGACUGAAUUCAUGUCCAUAGCACACAUGAGGUUUUAAAUAAGUUUGAAGUUUUCUUAAAUUGUAAGGAUUAUAUCAAUAUAAUCUACAUAUUUGUGAACAAUGUCACUUUGUCAGAAAGAUAUUAUGUGUAUAUACAGCAAAUGUCCAUGUCUUGUUUAUUUUUAUAUUCUGUCACUUUAUAAUUAAAUGAUUUGAUGUAAAAUUGUGAACUACACAAAUGAAUGUGAUUAUAAACAAAUAUUUGAAUGAAUGUAGAAUCCAAUAAUAAUAAGUUCUGAAGUUGAGAUACAUUUUUACUUUUUACUUAUUACUCAUUUAAAAAGUAACAAUAUUACUUUAAUUAUUACUGGGUAUUAAAAGUAAAUAGUCACGUUACUCAUUAAGUUACAAUUACUUUCAACCACCGCACAUCCUUAAAAGUGACGGGAAAUCUCUUCAGCAGCGCAUUUUGGGUGUACUGUAACAAUUUUUUUCAUUAAAUUACAAUAAAAUACUGGAAGCUACA